CAGUGUGUUCAUUUGAAAUCCAUAAGGGGGUGUGAGUGACUUGGGUAAGAGAGGUUCGAAAGCUCGGGAGAGAGAGUUAAAUUCCAUCCAGAGUGAAAGGUCAAGGGGGGUUAAAAUUUUGAGGGGGGUUCCUCGAAGGAUUGUGUGCUCAGCUGUUUUUUUUUAACAUGGAGUUUAAGUGUACAGUUCCUUGAUUGUUGCUGCAGCCAACUUGACAUACAUGUAAUACAUACAGGAAACUUGACUCUGUCGUCUUGUCACAAAUUAUACAUGAUGAUUAAAGUAUACAAGUAAUACAAUAAUGUUCAAAAGUUCAACCUGCUGAUACUUGUUGAUUUCUGACACAUUUUUUUCUCUUGAUGAAGACAUCAAAUUGGGACAGGGUGUGCAUCGUAUAAUGUGUAGCAAGUUUUGCAUUGAUUUUCCAUAUUAAGCAUCUGUCUUGUCCCGGUGAGGCCUGAAUAAGCUUAUUGAAUUUUCCCCCAAAUGUUCAGUCUGUGUUCUUUUUCCAUUUGUGUCUGAGGGCUGUGGACUCAGUUUGAAUGUAGGGCUGCAAUCAAUGUUUGUUUAUGUUAUUGAUUCAUGUUUGGAUUUUUUUUUUUAUUUGUAAUUUUAGUCUAUAAAAUGUUAUUAUCUGAAUAGCCUUUUUUUCUGAAAAGCUGGAACAUUUGAGAAGCUAAUAAUAGCUGUAAUUUCCCUACUGGGGAUCAAUAAAAAGUAUAAAUUAUUAUUAUUAAGCUGGAACCAGGGAAUGUAAUAUUCUGCUUGAAUGUGUGGAAAUCUUUGUUAUUUUGCUCUUGAUCUGUCCUUUGUAGUUAAGCAAAUGUCUCAUUUAUUUUUUCCACAGCACAUGAUGAGCUCUUUAAUUGAGCUCACUCACUUGCUGUUUCCUGUUACUUUGGAGCAGAACCUUGUGGCUUUGAGGCAGCCUUUAUUCUUCUAGUGGCUCUGAUAAAUUAAACAGAAUUUUACAUGGCAUUGUGUACGUGUACUGUGUGUGCUUGAGUCAUUUUUGUGAGGAUUCAGCAUCCUCCGGGUGCUGCAGCAGCAGCCCUCCCCCUCUCCAGCCUCUCCAGUCGAAUGCCCGACAUGCAAACGGAAGCAGGCGCUACCAUUUUGAAAUACAGCACCGCCUAGCGCCAUGGACAAGAGCCACACAGUGAAGCUCUUCGUGGGCAACCUGGCGUUGGACACCACCCAGGAGGAGCUGUCGGCCAUCUUUGAACCCUACGGCCAGGUGGUUAGCUGCAGUGUGCUGCGGCAGUUUGCCUUCGUCCACCUGCAGGGUGAGGGUGCGGCGGAGCGAGCCAUCCGGGAGCUCAAUGGACGUGAGUUUCGUGGACGGAAUUUGGUGGUGGAGGAGUCAAGGGGUAGGCCGUUGCACUCCACCAAGGUGUUUGUGGGUAAUCUGAGUGGGAUGUGCACCACAGAGGACCUACAGCAGCUGUUCCAGACAUUUGGAAAAGUUCUUGAGUGUGAUAAAGUCAAAGCCAGGCAUUCCUCUUCCGCAGGCUAUGCCUUUGUCCACAUGGAAAACAAGGAAGACGCGCUCCAGGCCAUCGAGGCCCUGCAUGGCACCUCGUUUAAGGGCCGCCCCCUGUCUGUAGAGCUGUCCAAGGUCCAGCCUAGCAAGCAAGCACCUACAGGAAAAAUCCCCUGUGUUAACUGUGGAAAGCAGGGCCACUAUGCUGGAGAAUGCCCUGUGGGAAAGCCUUCUCUGGAGCAGUACCAGAGUCAGGCAGCGGUCCUGGCUGCCGCUGCUGCUGCAGCUGCCGGCCUGCCACUACAGGUCCAACAAAGCGUGCACAAUUCAGUCUACAACACCUCCACGUUUGAUCCCACAUAUGCGGCUCUCACUGGGAUCACCACAGGCACACGCACUGAUGGAAACCCAGUGAAUCCAGCUGUUUAUGGUGCCCUUGCCAGCCAGGUGUAUGGUGCUAACGUUGCCAGUCAGCUUUAUGGAACGGUGGCCAAUCAGGCAGCUCUGACGUCAGGCGCCACCCAAAUGUACAGCUCGAUGACCCCCAACAUCUAUGGCCAGAUGGCUGCAAAUGCCGCUGCUGCCUACUCACCUCAAGUUUAUACCCCAACUAUGGCCAACUCCCAUGUCUAUCUGACUGCAGCUCAUGGAAUAGAAAUGCAGACAGCAGCAGCUGCAGUCAACCCUGCUUACACUGUAUCUCCAGCAAUUUAUGGUGCUGCCACACCAGCCUACGCUCAUAUAAGCGCCAUGGGAGCAGCGGACCCUACUACAGCUAUCUUUGAGGCAGCCAGGCAGGCACAUUACUUUGCCCAGGGCCAACAGGUUAUGGCUGACCAGCAGACAGUGGCUGCCGCAGCAGCAGCAGCAGCUGCAGCAAAGUCUGGUGAGAGGGACCGUAGUCCCCUACGGAGGUCAGUACCUCUGCUUCCAGACCCAGUGAUGAAGCCGUUCAUGUACCAGAGAGCCAAGCCGCGCCGACCCCUGCUCCCUACACCAGCUGGCCGAGCGGCAGAAGAAGCUGCAGAGGCUGCAGAGGACCCCAUGGCCAGGUACUAUGCGGAGUACUACCAGCAGCUGCAGCAGUACCCCCAGUUCCAGUAUGCCUACCCACCACCGAGCGCAGUGACCGGCAUCCCUGGCAUGCCGGGAGUGUCAGCAGUCCCUACUGUUUCCGCGAUGUCCGCCCAGUCCGUAGCUGCGCUGGAAGCCCUCAGGCCAGUGGUUCCCACCGCUGCGGCAGUGGCAGCUGCCAUGGCUGCGCCAAGGGUGUAUGAGCCGCCGUUGCCGCCGCCCACGCGCAAGGAGGCCAUCCUCCGCCGCCCCGAACUCUCCCUUCACACGCCUGAGCCCCCCUUCCGAUAGUCGCACACAACUCUCUGCUCCCACCCCUCCCUCUUUGCCCUGAACCCCAUCCCCCCAUCUCCUCUUCCACCCCAAACCUGACCAUCUUACAGCAGCUGUAUGUGUGUGUGUAUGUAUGUGAGUGUGUGUGUGUCUGGGGGAUCUGGGGGAAGUGUAAGGGAUGGCGAUUGAAAGUGGGGGCUUCUUGGUUUAUUAACCUGCUUUACGAGGGACUUGGUCAGCUAACCUUGGUCCUGUUUGCAUUCACACAGUGCAGCCGUGUAAGGGAGGCUCUCAUCUGUUGUACGGGCAUUCUUUAUGCUUCUCAGUUUUACAUUUUUAUUGUGCCAGUCUCACACUUGUGCCAGUAUUAGACUGACCCAGUCAGUCGUUUCAUAUGCCUUUAUUUCUGCAACCCAGUUAUGGUUUUCUAUGGCCAAAUCUACGAUAAAAGACAUUGAUUUUUAUCAGCCAUCCUCCUUAGGCCUAGAUGAUCAGUUAGGGCAGCUAAUUUGAAACCUUUUUUGCCUUAUGUUGGAGAAAAUGUAAUCAGAUGGGAAGUCAGAUAAACAUAUAUUGUGCACAGGCUGCAUUGCAUUGUGUCCAAUAGAACCAAGGUUGAUGUGUUUUGGGGGGAGGGGUGUUGAAUGUGAUGUGGAUGUAGUAAGUGUGAAAGAGAGAGAUAUGUGCGAGCUCCUGACCUUGCAGUGCACAAAUGCAGCAGCUUAGACUGCACCUUGCAGAAAAACAAACCGUAAAGCACACAUAAUACAUACUGUAAUGUAUGUUUGGAUCUCUCCUUGACCCCUUUCUCCCACCUGUACUCUAACUACAACACUCGAAGACACUGCUUCACCUCUCUUUCCUACUACAGUUGCCUACCUCUGACAAUAAAUUUCAACGUAGAGUCUAUUCUAUUAUAUAUCACACUUUUCACCCAGUCAGCAGUUUAUUCCUGCUCCCCGUAAAGACACAGGGUCAGCAGUUUAGUGAGGGAGAAGCUGGGUUUCGGUGACAAUGACUUUUUGUAGAUAUUCUGUAAUAAGUCCUCCAGAGGCCUUUUAAAAAAAAUAGUGUAUUUGUUUUGUUUGUUUUAGUGUAGCUUACAUGUAAUACAAGUCAACCUGGGGUGUAAUGAAUUGUAAAUGGAAAAAAACCCAUGUGUGACUAUUGAAUGAGCUGUUUACAAAUGAUCUUUACACUGCAUCCUAUUGGGAAUCAUGAUAUGGACAAGCUCAAUUAUGUGCCUAUAAGCUUUGAGUGAAGUGCAUUAAGUGGAGGGAUCUCCCAUUUUAAGUGCUUUUUUUAAUCAUUUCAAAGGGGGGGGUAACAGGAGCUUAGCAUCCAGACGGCUACGAGCAGUAAAGCUUUCUCGUGGACUUGCACUCCUGUACAAGAUUUGUUUCAUAUCCUAGAGUUUUUAAAAAGACACAAAGUGAGCCUCGCAGGUUCAUAAUUAGCCGCUGGUUUUAAGCAGUAUCAACAGUGAUAGCACCAAUGAAGUGAGAGAUGGGGAAGUGUCUUCUGGUGCCCCAACUAUCACACUUUUUCCAAAUACCAGACCUACUUCAGAUUGUAAUUGCAAAAAAUAUUUUAGUGUCUGUUUUAAUCCGGUUAUUUGAACUGGUGGGUGGGGUUUGCUGCAUCAGGAUAACAAAAGCUUGACUUGUAAGGACUGGUACCUUUUGGCAUUCACAAGCUUGUUCUGAGUGGCAAACUCCACCCAUUUGGUUCUACAAUCACUUAAAACAAUUUUUUUAGCAACUACUAUUUGACAGCGGUCUGAUGCACACACAGACAUACCCUCUGAAAUCACCUACUGCCUCGCUGUCCCCCCCCCCCUCUCUCCCCCUGUGGUUUUUAGUGGUUAAGUGACUUUUGCAUCUCAGUGUAAUCUUUCUGUGUUGUAUAUACAAACACAUACCAGUUGCAUCCUUUGUAGAAUUAUGUGGUUUGCGAAGUGUCUUGUUUGCCAUGUUUGAGACCGUAUUUUUUAGAGAAGUAUUCUAAUUUUGCCUCUUUUUUUUUUUUUUUAAGAAAAGACACAAAAAUCAAAAUCGGCAUGCUUUUUAUUGAGAAUAUGUAUACUAUAAUCAUUAUUAUAAUAAAGAAAGUUUGGCUGACUACUGUGGUAAAAGAAAGCAAAGGGUUUGGACAUUGCCCCUUCUUGUUUAUGUUGUUCUUCUCCACUAUCUGUUUCUCCUGUGUAAAAUGACCACCAGACCCAUUUGACUGGGGACCCAGGGGGACUCAGGUGUAGAUGCUGGCCCAGCUUUGCUCUCUUUGGUCAGGGUAAGUGCGGGUUGGUGCUCCUUUCUCUCUCCAGCCUCUCAAACUGGGUGCAAAUCAAAAUUUAUGAGAAAGGGUUUGCACCUGACCAAAUGCACUUAAGUAUUUAAUUCAAGCAAGAAAGGCUUGGUAUGGUCCUUUUUUAAAAUUGGUUUUCAUCCAGAAAGGACAUUAUACAAACUGUGGCAUCAUGUUGAGAGCUGGGGAGAGGCACACAGAUAGAAUGGCCUGGGUGCAUUUUGAUCUGUGGAGCAGUCCUGUCUCUCGGGGUUGAUGGGUGUGCGUCUGGUCUGGUCUUUCCCUGCUGCACCAAAUUCUCCCCCUCCGUGUGUCUCUGUGUCCACUCUAUUCUCAGACCUGCAUGUGUGAUAAUCUGUAACUCUGCCGCAAAAAAGCCCCGCGACAGUCCAGCUCUGAACUAACUAUUUCAACUGAAUUAGGUCCCCGGGCCACCUGGAACGGCCAGCGUGCAGCCGUGCGUGAGCGUGGCGGCAUGAGCCAUGGGGACGACUUUUAGCGCGACGCCACCACAGUGGGAACUUGUUCUCUCUCUCCUCACCACCAAGAGGCCUGGGCGUGCCAAUGGACAGUGUAUGUGUGGUGGCCCGCUGCCGGACUCAGUAACAUGACGCAGAGAGACUUCAAUGUUGGACAAGUCGCUUUGCUAAAACUGUUGAAUGCUGGGUUUGCUCCACAUGGCUGUGGAAGGGAUCUUAACUCCUGUUUCCCAAAAGAACUUGGUUGCAUUUCAUCUUUAGUGAUAAAUCAACCUCAAACAGUUUUCUUACCUUUUGGUCCCUCACAGCCUGUGUGCCAAUCAGAAACGUCCUAUAAGAUAGGCCUUAGGUAUGAGGCCAGUCUGACCUGUAGAUUCUCAGUCUCAGGGUUCCUAUAGGACUUUUCUGGUACGGCAGCUCUGUUCCUCUAACGCUGGGAUCAGCUGGAGUGGCUGGAUAUGUGCUCUGAGUGACUUGUAUGUGUUCUUGCGUGUUAAGAUUGUCCAUGUAGUGAGAUAGAGAGAUUUAAACCUCAUAUAUGACAGGCUUUCAGUAUGUCAAAUGAGUUGUCCGACAUUUGCUCUGACAGCUGCAAGAUGGAUUCAAGAGGGUGUUGCCUACUGUCUGCCCAACAAACAAAGGAGAGGGAUGAAUAGAUGAGUUGAUUAUAAGGUGAGUUGGUAGUGGAAGGAUUCUCUGUAAAAAA